CGUGUGACCACAUCAUUUACCUCCAGUCCCCACCUCUGUUGCAUUUGCCCGCCAUUCCGCCGCAACCAUCGCCGCAUCCACCGCCUUCCUCCGAUCCCGCGCCUCCGCACUUCCCGCCGCUCGCCAGCUCUGCCUGCGCCCACCGCACUCCCCGCCGCCAUGGCCGCCGCGCUUAACCGCCGCGGCUUUUCCCUCGCGCGCACGGCGCUCCCGCAGCUCCGCCUGCUGACGACCUCCGCGCAGCUCUCCGCGGUGGGGAAGGCGGAGGCGGCGGACGUGUCCGGCAUUCCCAAGGAGCAGCUCCAGCGCAAGGUGGUGGUGUUCAGUCCAGCGCGAGCGGCGUCGCAGCAGGGCAUGGGGCGGCAGGGGCAGUGGAAGAUCCGGUUUGAUACGACCCAGAAGUGGGAGAACCCGCUCAUGGGGUGGACGUCAACGGCUGACCCCAUGGCGUGUGUGGCCGACUCCGCGCUCUCCUUCCACUCCAAGGAGGAUGCUGUUGACUUCGUUGAGCGCCACGGCUGGCAGUACCAGGUCCUGGAGCCUAAGAAGCCUAUUAAAAAGCCCAAAUCCUACGCUGACAACUUUCGUUGGAAGGGUCAUGCCACCGGUGACGAGUAGAUGCUUCUCAAAAGCCUUGUAAAUUGCUGUUAUGGGAAAAAAUGCACACUAUUAUAUGUAGGUUAUGGACGUUCUCCACAUUGUACGUUCACAGUGCGAAU